UUUACCGUCCGCCCGCAAAACAUAAAUAAAUCUAACCGUGUCCAACAAAUGUAAAUAAACUCUUGUGAAUAACGCAAAAAUGAACGAGAAAGAGAAAAUUUAUUUGGAAGAGGGAUGCAGAAAUUUACAAGAACCACUUUUCCACAUCGGUGACAACGAAAUGAUACUACGCGGCGACGAUUUACAGAAAAUCAGUGUGAUCGAGAGUCUUCCAAAAUUAAUGACCAACACCGUACUCUCACCGCUAGUCAUACAAAAAGUCCUGCCCAAGUUGCAGCAAGAACUCCCGAAUGCGUCAUGCGAAGUACACAUCGUGGCCAGCAAAGUUUUUGUUCAGCUGGUCGAAUUGAAUCAACAACCGUCCAAAAAUUUAUUGAUCAUUAUUCUACAGGGUAUCGAUAACAAAGAUCCUGUCAUAUCGGGUAGUUGGAUGGACACUUUGAUAGCGGCUUUACCAAAUUUGCCUUCUGACAUGCUUAAAACAUCUGUCCUGCCAAUGGCUUUAAUGAAAUCAGAUAUACACAAACCAAUGAUGUUUCGAAUUGCUAGCUGCAAAAUUUUGGGUCAGUUAUGCGCGCAUCCUGGUCUGACUCACGGCGAUAUUAAAAAGGAUAUUUUGCCCCACGUCCAAAGUUUGUGUCAGGAUUGUCAGUUUGAGGUGCGAGCAAACAUGUGCGCUCAACUUCCUAUUAUCGCCAAAGGUUUAUCUGGCGAAUCGGUGGUCACGUCCGCGUUGUUACCGAAUCUGGUUGAGUUGUGCAAUGAUGAAAACAUGAUGGUACGAAUCGCCGGAAUCGAUGCGAUUUCUUCGUUCCUCACCUACAUACAAGACUCGCACACUUCACAUACCAUCCUACACCUUUUCAAACAACUGUGCAGUAGAGGGUACGACGAAGGCAACACAACCUAUGCGGCAUUGUCCAAGAACAUGGGUAAAAUCCUACAGAACCUCGACAAACAUUUAACAUCUACAGAUUGUGUUUGGUUUUUGAACGUUUACAAAAGCUUGUGCAGAAGAGGUAUUAGAAACAAUUUGGAACUGGAUGCGUCGCUAGGAAUGAUUUGCCGUGAACAUUGCGCUUUAAAUUUACCAAUCAUGACAGACUUAAUCGUAAGGCAUUCCCCUUCAAAUUUGAAUUCGAUUUACACAGCAAUAGAAAAUUUAACGGGCGAUUCAUGUUUCUUAAUCCGAAAGAAUGUCGCAUUAAAUUUAGUUAAUGUAAUCAAAAUACUGGGACCCGAAUGCAAAAACGUAAAAGGAGAACUGGUGAAAUUGCUGCGCGAUGAGACGGAAGACGUGCUCGGCGCGUUGAUUCCGUCUCUGGCCGAAAUCCUGAUGCAUUUCGAAGCAUACAACAUUUUGUCUCGGGAAGCCGUCACGAUGUUGUGCUUCGAUCUGUAUCGGGCCCUGGUUAAAUGCCAUCUCGAACUGUUCAGCGGUCACAUUUGGAGGAUGCAGGAACAAUAUCUGGCCCAACUCGAAUGUCUGCCGUUCUGUCUUCCCAGUGAUUUCAUCUAUCAGCAUUUUGUGCCCUUCAUCUUGAACGACUCUAUCGAUGGAAGAGCGAGACCUGUACGGAUUCAAGCGACCAGGACCCUUCUCGUGUUUUUGCGGUAUAAUUUGAAGGAACCGCAAAGGAAAUGGAUACGAGAAUCGAUGUUCAACAAACUUUGUUGUUCGCGAUCAGCGUACACCAGAAUAAUUUACGUGAAAAUGUGCGACAACGUGCUGGACCUUUUCAGCGGACGCUACUUCAAGGAGUAUUUUUAUACUCAUUUAAUGACAUUGUUAGAGGAUCCCGUUUUAAAUAUCCGCUACGCGGUGGUGAGCAUGGCGACGAGGCUAAGGGAGAUCUGCAAUCCGUUGGACAAAACGCUCAAACCAAACUUGGAAACCGCCUUGAAUAAACUGGCGACUUAUGAAACGAACAAGGACGUUCUGUGCCUCCUGAAACAGAAAUUGAAGGAAGUGAAAACGGCAGUGCCACCGAAGAAAGAUUUCUUUCUCGAAGAAAAACGUCGUGUAGAGGAGGAGGACAGAGUCUUCGCUGGAAAGACCGUUCUAAUUCCGCCGCAGAACAAGUUUUUCUUGGACAUAGUUGUUACUCCCCCUCCACAGAAUACUAGUUCUAAUCAGACACCUACAAAUCCAGGAAUCCAGAAUAAAUUACAAACAGACGUGUUUACUCGAGAUUUUUAUGUUGAUGCCGGCAUUGAUUUGUCCGAGUAUCACUUAAAACAACGACAAUCACCAACUGUUUCAAUCAAAAACAUUGGUGGCGAUUUAUCUGAAGUGGAUCUAAAAAAACUAGAAAUUGCGUCGAAUUUGACGGACGAUGCUAAAGCGAAUAUUAAAAAAAUAACCAUGGGAAAAACUAGUCAUAAACCCGAAAUAAAACGUAGAUAUUCUAGUAUAAAUCUCUACGAAAACAGACAGAGUUUGAACGUUUUAAGGAGGCGAAGUUUAAAUAUUGUCGGGACGGAAUUAAGCAAAAUUCCAGUCUCCAAAAGAUGUAAUUCACAAAAGGAUCUAAAAGAUAAUCCAUCCACAACAGUCGCUGCGACCAGUGGUGGACAAGUCGUAAAAGAUUUGAAAGAGAAUAAUUUACCUAGUAAUCAUACACGUUUAAAGGGGUGCAACAUAAAAAAAAUAUCGCAUUUACCCGUCCUUAAAAGUGGAACCACCUCGAAAAAAGUAAUGAAUCCUGAAGCCAAAAACUAAAUUUGACUGUGUAUCAAGUAUAUAUUUUUUAUAUAGCUAUUUAAUAAUUUAUUAAGUUAUUUAUAUAUUAUAUCAGUAUUAUAUAAUAAAUGUUCUACGCAUUUUUAGAAA